AGGACAUGCCACUUAACUUCAUCCCACUAGUGAAACUUCGUAACUGAAGUGAUAUUCCUGCAAGAACUGCAAUUCAGACCACAAGUAUGCAGGCUUCUAUCGGCCUGUCGGCAUCGCAGGCUGGGCUCGCUAGCCGAUCAGCUCGUCGAUUCCAAGCUCGCAACGCGGACCGUCUUCGCUCGCAGAUCCUUGGCGUUCCGAGGAGCCACAAAAAGUCAUUGCCAGUAUGUGCAAGCGCUAAGAAGCAGAGCGAGAGUCUCGCUGCCGAGCUUGCACAGAAGGUGCCAGCUGCAGCUUUGGCAGCGUUGAUUGGCACGCUGUCUGUUACAUCUGCUAACGUGGCCAACGCUGCCGAGUACUACACGCCUCCAUCCGGCAACAGCGCCACAGAGACCGUGAAGGAGUCUCAGCAGUCCCUGCAAUUUCCAUCUGGCAGCACCGCUGUGGCACCCUCUGUCAAGAGCGGUGACUACCAGCUGCCCGAGGGCAACCAGUGGAGAUACAGCGAGUUCAUCAAUGCUGUGCAGAACGGCAAGGUCGAGCGCGUGCGCUUCAGCAAGGAGGGUGGCCAGCUGCAGCUGACAGCUGUGGACGGACGCCGCGCAUUCGUGGUGCUGCCGAAUGAUCCUGAGCUGGUUGACAUCUUGGCCAAGAAUGGAGUGGACAUCUCUGUCUCAGAGGGUGACCAGCAGGGCAACUACGUUUCCCUGCUCGGCAACCUCCUGUUCCCUCUCAUUGCCUUCGGUGGCCUCUUCUUCCUCUUCAGAAGAGCUGGAGGCAGUGGUGGCGCCGGCGGCGGCAUGGGUCCGAUGGGAGGCCCGAUGGACUUUGCGCGCAACAAGUCCAAGUUCCAGGAGGUUCCAGAGACCGGCAUCACCUUCGAUGAUGUUGCGGGAGUGGAUGGAGCCAAGCUGGAGCUGCAGGAGGUUGUGGACUUCCUGAAGAAUCCCGACAAGUACACAGCCCUGGGAGCCAAGAUCCCCAAGGGAUGCCUGCUGGUGGGCCCACCCGGCACCGGAAAGACGCUGCUGGCCAAGGCCAUUGCAGGAGAGGCGGGAGUUCCUUUCUUCUCCUGCGCAGCUUCUGAGUUCGUGGAGCUGUUCGUGGGCGUGGGUGCUUCCCGUGUCCGCGACCUGUUCGAGAAGGCCAAGGCCAAGGCGCCGUGCAUCGUGUUCAUCGAUGAGAUCGACGCGGUUGGCCGCCAGCGUGGCGCCGGCAUGGGCGGUGGCAACGACGAGCGCGAGCAGACCAUCAACCAGCUGCUCACAGAGAUGGACGGCUUUGAGGGCAACACCGGCGUCAUCGUGCUGGCCGCCACCAACAGGCCUGACGUGCUGGACAGCGCUCUGCUGCGGCCGGGGCGGUUUGACAGGCAGGUGACAGUGGACCGGCCGGACAUCUCGGGGCGCGUGCAGAUCCUGAAGGUGCACUCGCGCGGCAAGCAGAUCGGCAAGGACGUCGACUUCGACAAGGUCGCCCGCCGCACACCAGGCUUCACUGGAGCAGACCUGCAGAACCUGAUGAACGAGGCGGCCAUACUGGCGGCGCGGCGCAACCUGAAGGAGAUCAGCAAGGAGGAGAUCAGCGACGCCCUGGAGCGCAUCGUUGCUGGCCCCGAGAAGAAGGGCGCCGUCAUGACCGAGGCCAAGAAGCGCCUCGUCGCCUACCACGAGGCUGGCCACGCACUGGUGGGCGCGCUCAUGCCGGAGUACGACCCAGUCGCCAAGAUCAGCAUCGUGCCACGCGGCUCUGCAGGCGGCCUCACCUUCUUCGCGCCCUCUGAGGAGCGCCUGGAGUCCGGCCUCUACAGCCGGAGCUACCUGGAGAACCAGAUGGCGGUGGCUCUGGGCGGCCGCAUUGCUGAGGAGAUCAUCUUCGGCGAGGACAAUGUGACCACCGGCGCCUCCAAUGACUUCAUGCAGGUGGCGCGCACAGCGAAGAUGAUGGUGACGCAGAUGGGCUUCAGCAAGAAGCUGGGGCAGGUGGCGUGGAGCGGCGGCGGCGGCCCCUCCUUCUUGGGCCAGUCCAUGGGGCAGCCCGCCGACUGCUCUGGCCAGACCAGCGACGAGAUCGACGCCGAGGUCAAGCAGCUCGUAGACCGCGCCUACAGGCGUGCAAAGGACCUGAUGCAGAGCAACAUCACGGUGCUGCACAAGACAGCUGAGGUGCUGCUGGAGCGGGAACAGAUCGACGGCGAUGAAUUCCUCCGCCUCAUCCUGGAGUCACAGGCAGAGAACUACCUGAAGGCUGAUGAGCCCUCGGUGACUGUGCCCUACCAGGCGGUGCCAAACUCUUAAAUAGCGUUAGAGAGGGACGUCGCCUAAUGUCCUCGUGGCAAUCCCCUGUGUGCGUUGCUUAAAGAUUUGAAGUGAAAUAAUGCAGGGGCAGGGGCAGUUGUGUGCUGGGGAGAUGAGAGUGUGGAACAUUCUGUAUCAUAACUUGUUGCUGGAGGUGACCGGUUCGGUGGGUCUGAUUGUUAUACUAUGAUCCGAUGGACUGCUCUGUACUGCAAUUGGGUUUCGUACGCUGAAGCGAGCUGGCUCGUUUUUGGAAACAUUAUUCUAGAGCUCAUGUGCGCGUGAUCUUUCAAAUGGGUGUGUAAUUGACUUGUGAAUAUGGG